AUGGUGGCCCAACUGGCAAAAACAUUACUGUAUACUCAAAGAAUGGACAAAGAUGUGAGAGUUGACCUUAGUAUCCCCUUAGACCAUGAUCCUGAACCACCAGACCCAGAAAUUCAUUACCUCAAGAUAUUCUACAUUUCUUCAUUUCUCUACACUGUCAAUUACGUCUGGUAUUUAUACACAGAACUGAGGAUGAAACACAACCAGAGUGGGCAAAGCACAUCUCUACUGGUGAUAGAUUAUACUUGUCAAGUUGGUCAGAUGGCCAUCAUUAUGUCAAGCCUGAUACCUCUCUUAUUGAUGAUACCUGUUUUCUGUCUGGGCAAUACCAGUGAAUGUUUCCGUAACUUCAGCCAGAAUCACAGGUGUAUCCUGAUGCUUUCACCACCAUCAGCCAUGGCUGAACUCCUGCCUUCUCCCAACACAUCUGUGUGUAAUAUACUUUAUUUUUAUGGGAUCACCAUUUUCCUGGUCAGCUUUCUACUAAGCCUCCUUACCAUUGUGGUCGUACUCAUUCGAGCACAGAUACUGUAUAAGAGGUUCAUAAAAUCAACUGGCUUACUGGGAAGUGAACAAUGGGCAGUGAUUCACGUUAUGGAGCAGCGAGUGCGUUUCUACCCAGUGGCUUUCUUUUGCUGCUGGGGACCAGCUGUCAUUCUGGUGAUUAUAAAGGUGACCAGACCACAAGAUACCAAGCUUCACAUGGUUCUCUAUGUUUUCCAGGCUCUAACAGCAGCAUCCCAGGGCCUGCUCAACUGUGGAGUGUAUGGCUGGACACAGCACAAGUUCCACCAUCUAAAGCAAGAGGCUCGACGUGAUGCAGACACCCAGACACCAUUAUUAUGCUCACAGAAGAGAUUCUAUAGCAGAGGGCCAGGCCCAUCAGAGUCUACCCUUGCUUGUGCUACCAGCACCUCUGCUAUUCUUUGA